GUUUAAGCUGAAUCCACCUUUACGUGUAACGUACUAAUCUUAUCAAUUCGAUUCAAUGUUCCCACUCUCCUCCGCGUCAUGACCAAACCUCCAACUUCAAUGUUCCUAUUAUUCAACUUCGACGAGGGAGUUGCGCAUUUCCCAACUCCACACAACCUGUCUACCGCUAACGUCACACGUCGCACGUCGCGAUUUGCUGUAACCAAGCCGUCACCAUGGUGAAGGAUGAGAACGGCAAGCGUAAGGCUAGUGACGAGCCAGCGUCGCCAGUCGCUGCCAAACGAGUGAAGCAUGCUGGUUCAACCGAUCUAGAGAAGAAGGCUAUCAUGAAACCGAUUCCAUUUCCAGAGAAGCCUGCUGUCGUCGAGGAGCGAAAUGGCGAGAUCGAGUUCCGCGUGGUGAACAACGAUAACGAACGCGAGUCCCUUAUCAUCCUUACCGGCCUGAAGUGUAUCUUCCAAAAGCAACUUCCCAAGAUGCCCAAGGAUUACAUCGCCCGACUCGUCUACGACCGAACGCAUCUCUCUAUCGCCAUCGUCAAGAAGCCUCUCGAAGUCGUCGGUGGCAUCACGUAUCGACCAUUUAAGGGGCGACAGUUUGCCGAAAUCGUCUUUUGUGCCAUUAGCAGUGACCAACAGGUGAAAGGCUAUGGUGCCCAUUUGAUGUCGCAUCUGAAAGAUUACGUAAAGGCCACUAGCGACGUGAUGCACUUUCUUACGUACGCAGACAACUACGCAAUCGGUUACUUCAAGAAACAGGGCUUUACCAAAGAGAUUACCUUGCCGAAAUCAGUUUGGAUGGGUUACAUCAAAGAUUAUGAGGGUGGUACCAUCAUGCAGUGCUCUAUGCUGCCUCGCGUUCGAUAUCUCGAGAUGGGUCGCAUGCUACUCAAGCAGAAGGAGUGUGUUCAAGCCAAGAUUCGUGCCAUCUCCAAGUCGCACGUCAUCCACCAACCGCCUAAGCAGUGGAAGAACGGCGUGACACCUAUCGAUCCUGUCACAAUCGAAGCUAUCCGAGCCUCAGGCUGGUCAUCUGCCAUGGACGACAUGUCCCGAGAACCGAGACAUGGCCCCAACUACAACCAGCUCCUUCAUCUGCUUAAUGACUUGCAGAACCACCAGUCGGCAUGGCCAUUUCUCCAGCCUGUCAACAAGGAUGAUGUGGCGGACUACUACGAGGUUAUCAAAGAGCCCAUGGAUCUCGCUACUAUGGAGACCAGGCUCGAAUCCGACUUUUACGCUACACCAGAGGACUUCGUUAAGGAUGCUAAGCUCAUCUUCGACAACUGUCGCAAGUACAACAACGAGUCAACACCCUACGCGAAGUCGGCAAACAAACUCGAGAAAUUUAUGUGGUCCCAGAUUCGAGCCAUUCCUGAGUGGUCACACCUUGAGCCAUAGUGCUGGCGACCGGUGAACUCACUUCAAAUGCAGAAGAAGAAAGUUAAGGCGCCGAUAGAGACGCAUUUCGAGGUGUUCCCAGAACUCAAGCCGGGCCUUAGAACGACGAGAAACAGUCUCCGUAAAUGGAAAACUGGUCAGAAUUCUGAUCAGUCUCGCGUUCAAACUAC